AUGGCGAGGUGGAUGUGCUCCGGCGGGCAAGGCGAGGCCGCCUUCCUGGCGGCGGUGGAGGACGGCCAAGGGGACCGCGCGCUGCACCUGGCGGCCGCGGCGGGGCGGCUCGAGGUCUGCAGGUACCUCGUCGAGGACCUCCGCCUCGAUGUCAAUCAGCUCAACCUCAUAGGUGACACGCCACUGUACCUUUCUGCCUCAUAUGGGAGAGCUGAUGCUGCAAGAUAUCUUCUUGAUCAUGGUGCUGAUCCACUAGCUGGCAAAGUACACUCACCUCUCCAUGGCGCUGCAAAGGAAGGACAUUGUGAAAUAGUAGAACUGCUGCUUUCAAGAGGAAUCAAUGUGGAUUUAGAUUCUGCGCAAGGGACGCCAUUGCAUGCAGCUGCUAUUUCUAAACACCAUGACAUAAUUAAGAUCUUGUUGGAGCACCAUGCCGAUCCUAACAAGGUUUACGGUCUUGGUUAUGCCCCAUUGAGUUGGGCCAUCCGUGCCAUCAGGCCCAUGCCUAGAGAGCCGUUGGAAUGUGUCAAGCUACUUGUUAAGGCUGGUGGUAGUUACGUGAUGUUGGCAGUGCAGUUUGACUCACCUGGCAUCAUGAAGUUCUUACUAGAUGCUGGUGCUAACCCCAAUAUUCCCGAUGAAUGUGGUAGGACACCAAUUGAAGUUGCUGCAUCUAAAGGCAGUAGGGACAUGGUUGAAAUGCUAUUCCCUUUAACUUCUCCUAUUUCAACGCUGCCGGACUGGAGUAUUGAUGGAAUCAUUUCUCAUGUGAAACACUUUGGUUUGAAGCCGAGGGUAUGUGUUUCAUUCUGUGCUCACUUGCAGUUCCAUAUGUUAUUUAUCAUCACCCUGUAGUUAUGUUCUUUGGCAGUUCUGUCCAUUAGAGUACAAAUAGUUUUAAUUCACGAUUGUUGUAAAUUCCAUUGUGCAAACAAAAAAUUCCAUGCACGAAUUUUACUUUUCGUGCAUUGCAUCACUAUUAGCAAACUUCUAGUCUUUGGGUAUGACCUUAUGGUGA